UAUUUUUCCUUCCAUUUUCACUUUCAUCCAAACAAUUAAUUUUUCAAAAACCCAUCAAUAAGAAAACUACUGCAAGGUUUAUGAGCGCUACCGUGGCAAAACAUAUAAGCAAAAAAAACAUAUUUCUAAUCCAAUUAUUAUUGUUAUCCAUCUACAUUCUAUUCUACACUACUGCAAUGGAGGGAACUUUACUCCCCCUCUCUUCACCUUCAACCUCAUCUUCCAAACUCAACCACCAUUUUUGUCUCCCCUCUUCUCUACUCAACCACCACCGUUACUCUCACUUCCCCAAAUUCCUCCCCAAACCAAAAAUUGACACCACAGCUUCACUGCAUCUCCCUCUUCGAUGCUCUCUCCGUGGCUCCACUUUGGCACUUGACCGAGACGAAGCUUCCGUCUCCAGAACACCUGAUAACUCCGGUUUGCCUAAAGUUGACAAAACCGGCCGGCUUUGUAGUCCCAGAGCAGCCAGAGAACUUGCUCUGUCUAUAAUUUAUGCGUCUUGCUUGGAGGGUUUGGACCCGGUUCGGCUGUUUGAGAGAAGGAUGAAUCAACGCCGAGAGACCGGUUAUGAAUUCAAAAAGGAAAAGUUGUUGGAGUAUAAUCUCAUGAAUUUUGGAGAGCCACCUGUUGUUGUUAAAACUGAUGAAGAAGCAAAUGAACUUCUAAGGAAUAUUGAACUCGAGACUGCGAUUGAAGAAGAAGUUCUUGCAGCUCCCCCAAAGCUGGUUUAUAGCAGACUGAUUUUGAGGUUCACCAGGAAACUAUUGGUUGCAGUCAGGGAUAGAUGGGACAGUCAUGCCCCUGUUAUUAAUAAAGUUAUCCCACCAAAUUGGCAGAGUGAGCCAGCGGGGAAGAUUUUAGAGCUUUCUAUUCUUCACUUGGCAAUGUCUGAAAUAGCCAUGCUAGACACCAGACACCAAAUCGUCAUUAAUGAGGCAGUGGAUCUGGCUAAGCGGUUCUGUGAUGGAGCAGCCCCUCGUAUCAUUAAUGGCUGUCUGGGCACAUUUUACCGAAAUCUGGAGGCCGAGGCAUCAAAAAAUAGGGUUUAGUCGAUCUCAAUGUACAUUAUUUGUAUGCUUGUUAUUGCUUUGGGUUAUUGAAAAUAUUGGAGUGGAUUUGAGGAAUAUCACCAAUGGUGGUCUGAUAACUUAGAGUUAGACACAUAUGUUGAACCAUUAUUAAUUUAUAGGUACAUCAGGAUUCUCUCUC